AUGUACUUUGGUCAGGCGUCAGCACCCUCUGGGUAUGACGAAUAUUUCGAUCCACCACUGGAGGAAGACCACGAAUGUCCGAUCUGUCUUUCGGGGCUGCGAGAACCGAUGCAGACGUCGUGUGGGCACAGGUUCUGUAGAGACUGUAUAUUAUGGAGCUUCAGAUCUGUUAGCCACUCGUGCCCCGUGGAUAACGAAAGGUUGGACGAGAACUCGCUCUAUCCAGACAACUUUGCUAAGCGAGAAAUAUUGUGCCAUGACGUUUUCUGCCGAAUGAAAAAGGAACAUGGUUGUACGUGGAAGGGACCCCUAAAGACGUUAGAUGAUCAUAUGAAAGUCUGUGCUUUUGUCGACAUAUGUUGUCCCAAGAAUUGUGGGAAACAGUUACAGCGUAAAAACGCGAAACAACACUUGGAAACCGAGUGUCCUAACAGAACCACACGAUGCGAGCACUGUGACAAAGAGGUACACUGGAAUGGCCUUGAGAAUCAUUUUCGAACGUGUCAAAAUUUUCCGGUGCCCUGUGGACAAUGUGGACGACAAAACAUUGUGCGAAAAUUGAUGGAACAUCACUUGGACAACGAGUGUCCCGAGAUGGAAAUCAAAUGUGCUUUCAGCGUAGUGGGUUGCACAUUCGAGGGAAAACGAGCCACCGUGGAAAAGCAUGUCGAUGAUCAACUCGGAAGUCACGCCAUGGACUUAGCAAAGACGUUUGGUGCUUUCUUAGCAACCCAGAAUUUGAGAGCUGAAUCACGGUACAAUUUACCAGAAAGCGUGAGUUGCGUUGCAAGGGCCAACAACGUAGCCUAUUCAUGCGACCCAAAGGCACCGCGUCAUCAACAAUUGAAAGAAAGUAACGAGCUGAAGCGUACGAUCAGUGUUGUCUCUGGCGAGGUCGAAAACCGGGAAUACGCCCUAAACGGGCCCAAUUCGAGGCGCCAAAGACCCCUGCAAGACCUCGAUGCAGUUGUUUGGCAACUUGAGACAAAAUUACUGGAAUUCGAAGGCCGUGUCUGUAACGGAACGUACAUUUGGAGGGUAGAAAAUUACAGACAGCGUCGACAAGACGCAAUUGCCAAUACGAUGUCAGCCAUGCAUAGCCCUCCUUUUUACACCAGUUUGUACGGCUAUAAGAUGUGUCUGAGGAUGAACUUGAACGGCGUGGAUAGUGGCUUGGGGAAACAUAUUACCUUAUUUGUCCACAUGAUGCAAGGGGAUUAUGACAACAUUUUGGAAUGGCCAUUCUCCGGGAAAAAAAUCACCCUCUCCAUCUUGGACCAGUCGGAGCUUCGUUGUCAUAAAAGUGAAACUUUUUUCGUUAAGGCCGGCCUUGUUGCUUUCCAGAGGCCCACUGAUCGUCGUAACUACAAAGGGUAUGGCUACGUCGACUUUGCCCCCAUUGACGAUAUUCGUGAACCUCGGUAU